GUUGAAUUGUGGGUAAACGGGAGCUCGUUUGUUUUGGUUUUGAUUGAAAUGGAUAACAGUCCGAAAUAAACAGAUCUCUCUGUGUCAACAAAGAGGUCGUGUUGCAAGAGAGGAGAGAUGAAAAACAGUUGUUACUGUUGUUGUCAAACAUCUAGCAACAUGAUGGACAUUGACUCUGCCCUUAAUGAACUGGGCAUGCUGAGUUCAGUCACAGAGAGCCGCAGACAGUUUCUUCGGGAGCGAAGUCGAACCAAAAGUGAGGGGUCUGGGUCUGUGCAUGUAUCACGGAGUAGUCCAAAUGUUGCAAAUGGGUUUCAGAUUCUUCAAAUUGAUACCAACUAUGUGACAGGUUUUUCUGCAGUUUCUCCUGUGGCAUCCUCACCAGCAAGCGGUUCCUUGAUACAGCGACAAGAAAACCAAGAGCGUAUUAGAUUUAACUCAGGGUAUCGUGAUGUCGAGGACAGUUUAGAAGUUGAAGCCAGGAACAAUCGAUUAUCUAGAAUUAAACUUGCACGAGCAAGACGUUUCCGGAAACCCUACAAUGUUCCUGGUCGUCUGUAUCAUUCCAUGCAGGAAAGUGACUUUAGUUUAGAGGAAGGAAGUGAAAGUCGGCAUUCAAAAUCAAACGCUACUUCCCCCACAAAACCAAAUGCUGGUACAUGUUUAACAAGGUCAAGGUCUUUAGAUAACCUUGAAAGUGCAAGGUUAAAGCUUGCUGAACUGUUUGAAAGUGAGCCAAGUCCAGAAGAGAAACAAGCUUUAGAACAAGUUUCAAGGGAAAUGGAGAAUUUGCAAGUAAACGAAUGAUACCAAGUGACAUUGCUGUAUAGUUAGUAUACUGGAUGGUUGUGUAGAUAUAGAAUAUCUAUUUGCCAGUCUUCUGUAAAAGUGAUACUUAUUGUAUAGUGAUCUUUGAAUGUUCAACUUCCAAUCAAGAUUCAACAUUAUGGCUGAGCCAUCUGACUCAUGCAUGCCUGCAUAAUAGAAUUUGUCUACAGGCUUCAGUUAACUUCAUACACAUCACCCAUAAUAUCUGAUUCAUGACUUUCUUCCUGAAGUGUUCACAUAGCAGGAACUUUCUGGUCAGUUGCCUGUAUUAUCAGAUUGUGCAUUGAACUGAUAUUCAUGUGCUACAAGUGUGAUUUCUAAAAUUCCAGAUGCAAUUCUCACUUAUCAUGCUUAUGGUAUUGACAUUUUUAAGAAAUUCUUUUAUUGGGCCAUUUUUAUUGUGAGUUAGUUGAGACUAUUCCCUUUGAAUCUGCAAGUUGAGUAGCACAGUGGGUAUGGUUUGCUUGCUUUGGACAAUGCCCAUGUUUGAUGCUGCAUACACAUAUAGUAUAUGAUUCUGGUUUCAUCUGGCAUCAUUUCGUUGUGAAAGAUCACACUCCUCUACUCUCAAUAACUUAACCCAACAAUUCCUUUCAAAGAUGCUACAGUAAAAUUAAUAACAUGCUUCCUGCAGUUGUAAGGCUUCUAGGUACCUUCUUGACAUGUCAUGAGGUUCAAUUCCCCAAGGAAUUAAUAGUGUUAACCCCAUCUCAUGCUGUGGUAUGAUGGGAAGAUUGUUGCCAUAAACUCUCACUCACUGCACAAUGCUCAACUAUUGUAUUUGACUAGCUUCUAUUGAGACCUCCCUAGAACAUAUGCUGACCCUCCCAGGGAUUUAUCUAGACCUGCUUAGAGGCCGACAUUUGACCCCAAGUCUGAAACAAUUGGAAUACAUGUAAUAGAACUUGCUAUGUUAUGUUACAGUAAUAACUAAUCUUAUGGCUUUACCAUGUUUACAAACUGAGACUGAGAGGUGACUUGCAUUUGACUAACCACAGGACCAAUAAACAAGCAGAGGCUUGAAUAUUUGGUUUUACGUUUUUGCAUGGAAUGGAAUAUUAAAAUACCCCUGAAUUUAUUAAAAUAAGAGAAAGUCCCAAUUGUAAACUGAAUUACGCGUUUUAUUUUGUCUGCCAAUAGCACUUAGUUAUUAUUCCCAGAUAAAUCCUUGGCUUCCCCCUGAAUCUCACCAUCCCUCCUUACCUCUAUUAAAGUACCACCACCUUCCCUCUAUUUCACUGUGUCAGUAGCUACUUAUCCAUGAUAUGGCACCAUAUGAACAUGAUCAAAGCAGUAUGUCCUUCAGGGUUUGGGGUUCUCUAUCAUGCCAAGGAAACACCAGGAUUCUGACUCCAAAAUCAAAAUUGAUGGUUACCAUGGUUACUCAUGCCCCUGAUGUAGUCAGUGGUAAUAACCUCUUAUCUCAGUGAUUAUGCUAGAGAAGUAUGGCAUUAGAACUUUCUUUGAUCGAACCUUCUUCAGUAUCAUGUAACAUCAUUACCAAAUUUGAAAAACAUCUUCAGAACAUGUAGGGUCACAAUCAGUCAAUGAAAUAUGUUACAUGUGUUCAACAAGGAAUGAAGUGUAGACGAUUAGAGACAAGAGACUGCUACAUCCCGGUAGAUUGUCAUGUGGUCCGAGGUGCCAGAGUUUUCUGGCUUGAGUGCCAUUCAUCAGUUGUGCCAAAUCUCCAGGUUGUGGGUACAUGUACCAGAAUUAACAUGGUUAUGAUCUAUGGACUAUUGGCACUAUAUCCUACCACAUUCAGCUGUCAUGCAGUGACUGAGAUACUGUUCAAAACAGAGUUAUGCCCAACUGAGAUGACAUUCGCUGCACCUUCACAGACUAGAAGACUCCCACCUUAUCACACUCACUAAAAAUAAAAAUGAUGCAUUUUAAAUUUUCAUAACAAUAAAAACAUUUGUAUUGUGCCAAAUUCCAUUCACAAUGGAAAGCCCAUAGCAUUAAAGAUGAAGAACACAAUUCAUGUUAGGCCAUAUUAAUUGAAUGGAUGUGUUUAUAGUCCUCUCUGGAAAGAUGGAUGGAAGAGUGGGUGACAGUUUCAGUUCUAGUGGCAGCUGAUUCCAUAGUAUUGAAUACCAAAACAUGUAAGAUCUCUAAAUGAUUGCAGUCUGGUUGCAGGGAUUUUAAGCAUGUUAAGCAGAAGUUUGACAGGACCUUGAGAUCUUGAAGGUGCAUAUUUCUCCCAGAGCUCACACAGAUAUCACAGUACAGUAAGUGAUACGCCUACCUAUGUAUCAGUUUAUGUUGAGGCAUUUUAAUCAGAUUCUAAACUAAGAAUUUCAAGGGUUCCUUGUAAACUGUAACGUUAAAAAUCAAACUAGGGUGUUCCUUGAUUCAAUUACUAUUGCAAACAGCUUCAAGGACAACUAGAUCCCCUUAGCUUUGAACACUGAUUAUGUUAAUUCUAACAUUGUGGCUCACACAAGCUAUGAACGUGGAGACACUUCUUGUCACUAUAGGAUGUACAACACUGUAUAUAUUAUUGUGAUGAUGAUAAGUCACCUGGACACACAGAAGGAUAAUCUUUUGCACAUCAGUUUACAACUUUAUAAGAACAAAAUCCAUCUUUUAUAAAUUAAUAUUAUUAUUGUGACGUUAUGAAUGAUAAUGAAAUCUUCGUUCAUGUGUUUGUUUGUUCUCUAUCGUGUCCGUGCUUGAUCAAUUAUAAAUUCCAACUUAUUGGGUUUAUCUUUAAUGUUACGAUAAUAUUUAAAUUUUCGACGUUAACAUUUUACAUUUGUUAUUUUUUCAUCUUUCCUUCUUUGUGAUAUAUGACAUCCAGCCAGAUUAAUGUUGUCAGGAUAUUGUAGCAUGUCACCAUGGUCACCGUUCUGCCGAUCCCAUCAGCACGCAUGUGUGGAACUGUGUAGAAUAGGUUCAGUGUCUGUAGUUCUGUUAAAUGUAGGGGAAGGGUCACAGGGUGCAUCCCUAGGGUGUGAAAGAAUCCCGAAUCAGAAUCACCCUGAUAAUGAUUCUUGGUUUGUCAGCACCAUAACUGCUGGUUGGUUUGACGAAAGUGGUAAACGUCUAUAAACUGCAUCACUUUUUGGCUUUCCCCUCACUUUAUGAUCUAGCUAUCAUCAUGAUCAUGCCGUGAUAUAACUGGAAAACUGUUCAAAGUGGCAUUAACCCCAACUCUUGAAACCAUCCAACGUAAAAUUGGAAAAGUUCAGGAUCAGGAUGAGAAUUUUAGAGUAAUGAAUUUCAAGAUUCUAUUUCUUGAUGGUAAUACAAUGUAUAUACAAGAGUUCCUGAGUCCGUGUUUGAUACAUGGUAUGUCUUACAAGAGAGAAAUGGUCUGAAUAGUCACACAUAGUCACAUAUGAUUUCUUACAGAGUGAUCAUAGUGAUGCCACUUUAGUCUGGAAAUCUAGUCUUCCAGACAAUUACUGAGAAUUAAGGAACAUUCAGUACCCAUGAUUUGUUAAUCUGGAUGAAUUCAUAAUGAACUAUGCUGACAUGGUGCUCGUUCUAGCGCUACAACUAUCGUAAGUCUAGGUUAAAGGAUGGGAGUUGUGAUUACCUUAGCACUGAGAUCGCUUUGUGGAAAGGGCCCGAUUAACAAGGGUUCACAACAUAUAAUCAAGUUUCUAUUUUUGAUUAGGUUCUAAAGAAAUGACAGAGUAAUUGUAAUCUUGAUCCUGUUUGUUGUCAAGGUGAUAACAGGUAAAUGCUUCAAGUGGCUAUGAUCUAUCUUGUUCAGGAUCUGAAGAUGAAAUUUCAUCAGCAUUGACUGUUUCUCCCACCAUGAAUUCAUGCUGACAUAACUUCACUACUAAUUUGUUCAAGUAAUAAAAGUGAACAAGUUAAUAAAGUGCAUUCUGUCAUAGUGACAAUAUUCUUGGUUGUUGCAAGAGUUGCACACAUAUGUGGAAGAAAUCUAUUUAUGAUAUUCUACUGUUUACCAGUGUCUACUAUAUAGUUAUUCUUAAAUACUAACAGAUAAUUGUACAUACAGCAAAAUUGUGCUAAGGCCAUUCCAAAUGUAUUAUUUGUUCUUCUGAAUUUUGUUUCCUAUUUGAAGAUGGUGAGGACACUUGAAUAGGUGAUAACAUAUUGAUUUCAUAAAUUAAAAGACUUGAAUAUAUUUUGGAAGAUGGUAAUAUUUAAUCAUGGAUGUGUUACAGAUUUCUAAUUUAAUUUUUCUUUUCUUUAUUUGCUCCUCAGCCUCUGAUUUGUUUUGUCAGAAACACUUUUUUGCAAGCCUUUUGUAGGUAAACUGAGCUUUAGCUAUUUGAUAGGCAUUACUUAGAAGUUGACAAAGUAAACACAAUUUAGGGAUAACAACUUCUUUAAUACUGUAAAGGCGACGAUUCGGUAUAGAUCCUUGCUUAAAACAACAGUAUAAGUAUCUAUACUGAAAUGUCACCUUUACAGUAUAAAGAAGUUGUUAUCCAUAAAUGGUGUCUACUUUGUGAGCUUUAACUAGUUUACUUUUAACUAGUUUAAGAGAUCACCUACAAAUGAAAAUGUUUUUAUUUGACACACUGGACUUGAUAUGAUAAUAUCUCCCUAAUUAGAAAAUCACAAUUGUCAGGUGCUUUACAUGUUUAAGACAUUGAUGCAUGAACAAAUACUCAGUUUGCAAGGCCCUACAUUCCUCUUUGUUUCAGAAGUGUGUUGUGUUUCUUUUAAUUUCAUAUUUGACUAUCGUCUCAUGAGAUUCUCAUGUCCCUGCUGUUUAUUUUAGAGAAGACAGGUACAAACUCUGCCAGACAGGAAGUAAGGAUUUGUCACAUUCUGUGAUCUGUGAUAGUUCUGGAAGUCUAGUGGAAACAUUUCCUCUGCAAAA